AUGCCGUCGGAGGACAGGAGGGCCAGCGGCGGGGGAUGGAAUCCUUCGGCUCGAGCUGGGCCCUCGUCCCCUUCGACGAGUAGUUCGCCGGAAUCAACGGCAGUGCAUUCCGAUCAACAUCGCAAAUCGUCGGUUGCUUCGUCGUCGUCGACAUCGAACCCCCCUCCUCCACCAUCCGACUUCAAUCCUGAGCCGGAUCUAUCUUUCGAGGAGCCUCUGCAUGGGAUCCAGCCGCCGACAGAUCUUCCAGACCCGUUCAACGCUGGUGUUUCGAGAGCGCCCUUUCCGGAUAACAGCUCCAACCCCAUCUGCUCCCCGCCCUCUUUCGCAUCUCCAACAGAAUCAACGUUCUCCUCGUCAGCCCUCCCUCCAGAUGUCCCGCCGAUACCUUUCCCGCAACGUCCACAAAUCCGUGCCAUCCAGCGUCUUUCGAGCGAUUCGGUCAGCCGGUCACGAGCUCUGUCGGGGACAUCAAGCACCCACAGCUCGGACAGCGGCGAGAUCUUAGCCGCCCGGCGGGAUGAGCUUGUUAGCCACAUCCUCUCGGACAGCGGUGACUCGAGUAGGCGGACAUCGACGGCGUCUUCCAGCCCAGGAAACGAGUCGUCCGACCCCAACGCCAAUGUCGUUUCGCCGGUGCCGAAUGCCUCGGCCCUCAGCAUUGCGGAACAGAUUCCGACACGUACAGAUAUGGAGUCUCCACUUGGAGCCGAGGAAUGGAUGAGGUUGCGAGAGCCGGCAGGAGGCGCGGACGAGAUGGUUCAUGCCUGGGACAGUGUGUGGCCUGUCGCCAACUCGCCACAUGUCAACCUGCCGGAGACAUCCACGUCCAGGCUUCCCAUGGCUCCGGUCUCGCCAUACGUGACGCCAUCCUUCUCUCAACUGGUGGUUCAGCGAAGGCCCAGUCCCCCCGCACAGGGCGCAUCUGAACGUCCUCUGUCGCCUCGGACACAUUCUGAGCCUGUGCACUCGGACCGCUUACAUUUGGGCUCUUCCAACAGGGCAGCUAUUGGAGCCGGACCCACACACCCACUUGCACAUACCUUUAUCCCCCGGUCAGCGGCCGACAAUGGUUCCAGAAGUUCGCCAGCCCCCUCGUCAUCAAGCAACAGCACAGGCCGCCGCUCCAAGCCUGGAAGCCCCGCUCUAGACUUGGAAGAGUGGAUUGCAUCAACCCCACGAGUUCUGUCCGGUGAACGCACUUCCCACACUUUGACACGAACACCCAGCUCGAACUCUACAUUGCUGGCAGCUCCGAACAGCGGCCUUCCAUCCCGACGGCUAUCGGAGACUGCGAUCGUCAGCAAAUCCAAUGGCUCUUCUCGUCGCAACUCGCCCGCCUCAGCGGUGAACGAUCUGCCUCAGCAAGACGCUGGACCCCGUGGUCCCCCAGCACCGCAACGGCCACCAUUAUCGCGACGUUCCAAGUCUGCACAGGAUACGCGGCUGGGAAACAUGGCCGCUGCAGUUGUGAGCCAUCGGAUACCCGAAAUCCCGUCGUUCGAGCAACUGCACGCAUCGAGCGAGAUGCUUUCAUUUAGUCCUAUGGACAUGGACGACACGGCACGGUUCAACUUGGACCAAGUGCCCGCAAGCCUGGAGCCUCCGAAGCCGUCACCACCUCGGGAUCCUUCACCCCGGCCGAUACCAGACGAGUCCCCCUUUGAGGAUGAUGACGAUGAAGAUGACGACACUCGGACAGAGUAUGCGGAGCUAACACCUACCGGGCCAAGUGUUGUGUUCCCCUCAUCGGGACAUCAGCCUACCGCUCCAAGCGAGUUCCCCUUCCACGGCGAUGCCGGAACUGGAAACGCUAUUCUGGUUGAUGAGGGAGACAUGGUGCCUCAGCAGGCGAACGUCAUGGCGGAAAUGGACGUUGCAUUCGACGACGAAGGUCUCUCGACGCUGGAGCGUAUCUUCCUGCUCAGCCGGAGUGAAUACGCCUUCCAUCGCGCGUACGUUGCGAGGGUGUUGGGCGACCUGCUCGGUGAUGUGGACCCGUGCGAGUCUGUGGAAUAUGUUCUGCCGCUUAUCUCGGGAUUCUCCCUCGACGACGACGACACCGUCAAAGAGGCUUUUGCCGCCGAUCUGCACAGGAUUCUCUGGUACUUCUUCACUACUUGUCGAUUGGUGCCUGGCGAGGACGCCUACGAGGACAUGGACGAGGGCGAAGUCCCUAUCAUAUCUCACCCAUCAUUGCCUGUGCCGCAGGUGGACGAAAGUCCCAGCUCCAACGCCAUGUGCAUCUCGAAGGAUGGCGAUGGUCAUCCAGACGAAGGACAGCACAGCACCCCCAGCUCGGGAACGCAUAGCUUGGACCAGCCGAGCGCCAGCACAGCGUCGACGUCCAUGGGUGGAAGCAGCAGCAGCGACAACCUCUCCUUGCAGGAAGCUCUGUCGUCGAGCAACCCGAUGGGCUCGCAACCGUCUGAAAUCAGUACUCCAGGAACGACCGUGUCGGGCACGACGUCGGAAGACACUCCGCAUGGAAAACUCUGGGGCGCAAUCGAAGGGCUCGGCACUACCCAAAACACCCCUCAGGAGGGCUCGGAGAAUGCGGAGACUGUGAACCCUCCGACUCUUGCCGUGGACUUCUUCCGACCGCUCUUGGGCACGUUGUUGCUCAGCCAGAACCCGGCCAUCGCAGACCCUGUCCGCAACGGAAUCGUAUCCGUGAUCGCCCGCCUCCGAGGCAAGAGCCCGACAGUCGAGACGUGGGGCGCAAAGGCCGAGGAGGGCGAACAGGAGUCGACACAGACGUAUCUCUCUCAGUCUGGGCACCACUGCCAUGUGUCGAUGCCCUUCACCCACGAUGCCCGGGAUCUCGUGGAGCAGGAGCUCCUGUGGGGCAUCGUGCUGGGAAUGGGUACGCUUUCGACGGAUAUCCCCGAUGCGCUUCUCGAGAACAUGUUUGUUGAGGGCGACCCCGACGACCCGGAUUACGCAGCGCACCGCGCCCACGAGGAAGAGCUGUACCGCGAGCAAAUGUUGCACGAAGCUACGCUCGGACGAGCCCUGUCUCUCUCGUUCAUCUCGCAUGUUUCAGAUCUCUACUCGCCGGAAGAGAUCACGCGCUAUGGCUUUGUGAACGAAGUCAUCCGCGGCCAUGACGGAGAUCCGACAACGCGAGCCGAAGCGGCGGUGGCCAUGUCGAAUGUUUCCAAGGCUGCCGCCACGGAGGAGAUCUCCAGGCUGCUCCCGGUCUUCAACAUGUUUGUCAACGACAGCGAUGAUAACGUCCGCCAGUCCGCGUGUGUCACCCUUCCUACCCUCUGCAAGCGGAUCAUCGAUAACGCGGAACGUCGUGUGUUCGCUGUGGAGACGGUCGCCACUCUGAUGGGCAGCACCGAGGAAGUACAAUACGCCCUACUCGAGGUUCUCGGCGAGGUUAUCUACACCUUUGUGGAGGACCCCGAGGGCCCACCAGCUCAGCUCCUCGAAGCGUACUGUGACGACUCCAAGUCAACGGGCAGCGACUGCGAGUGGGACAUGCUCGCCAGCUACAACUUCCCUGGCGUGUGUCUCACUCUCGGCAGCGACCGGUGGCCCGAGCUGCGUGGCUUGUUCCAACGUCUCGUCGACCGUGCCGGCGAACGGGUCAUGCGCACCAUCACGGCUUUCCUGCACGAGCUGGCCCAGGUAUUGACCCCGGAGCAGGUUGCCGAGGACGUCCUUCCCGUUUACAGGCAGUGCGCCGCGGGCUCGGACGACAUCCGCGAGCGCAUCUUUGAGCACGUGGACGUCCUGUUCGCCAACCUCCCUCAGGACCUGGCGUGGGAGUGCUUCCGAAGAAUCCUGGACGGGUGGCUUCAAGACUCCCUGGGUGGCUGGCGUGCGCGUGAACAGCUUGCCCUGCAGAUCCCGUCGUUCCUGUCCACGUUCAGGUCGAUGGAUGAGGUCAGCGUCGUGCUCGAGGUCAUGCGUCUAGCGCUGCUCGACCCUUUCGCCGCCGUCCGCGAUGCGGCGACGUACGCGGUGCCGCGAUCCUACGAGAUCCUCCAGAACAGCGCCUGCUCCGCGGACAAGCUGCACAACAUGCUGCUGGACCUUGCAGGCAGUGAAAAGUACCGCCAGCGUUUGACGUUUGUCCGCUGUCUCCGCGAGUUCAUUCGACCGCCGCCCAACAGGCAAGCGUUCGAAGAGUUCUUCAUCCCUGCCCUUCCCCGGCUCAGCACAGACAUUGUCGAUAUUCGCCUCGGCUUAGCCCGUGCCAUCGCUGACCUGUUCAUCGUCGGGGCGUUUUACGGCGACCGCGUAGUGCCCGUCCCGUCCGAGAUCCAGCGUCUGGCGACGAUGCUCUCCGACGACGAAUCUGUCGAUGUGCGAGAGGUCAUCUCGAAUAUCGGCGUCGACCGAUGGGCCGAAUUCAAGGGCCUCAGUGCGCGCGGUGCGCUUGAGAACGCAAUGGACAGGACUGACAACCCCGAAGGUAUGGCAACGGCUAUCAACGACGCACUCGAUGGCCCUGCCAAGGACAUUGAGAACGUCAAGCUCCCGAUCCACGCGCGGGCGGAACGACCGUCCCCUCUGAACCCGAACCCGGAGACGCGCGGAAAGAACGAAAAGGCAAUUGGCAAGAAUGAGCUGCUCGAGGGCGCCGCGCCGCAGCUGGACCCGUUCGAGUCCGAGUUCAGCGAUCACAGCAGUACUCACGGCAGUCUGCCGACGAGCCCGCAACAAUAG